AUGUACAAACCUGUCUUUCUGCACGACAGAGCCAAAACUCUGCGCCCCAACUGGCUCUCCCACUUCCUGCAGGGUCUGCUCAAAAGGUUCCCGUUCAGCCGGCCUGAGCUGCUCAAGGAAUGGGUGCUGAACAUCGGCCGGGCCGACUUCCAGCCCAAGCAGCACUCGGUCAUCUGCUCCGAGCACUUUCGGCCCGAGUGCUUCAGUGCCUUUGGGAACCGCAAAAACCUGAAGCACAAUGCUGUGCCCACUGUGUUCGCCUUCCAGGAGCCCACGCAGGUCUGCCCGGAGGUGGGGGCUGGGGAGGACGCCACCCCUGAGGAGCUGCAGCCACCCAGUGUGCGGAGCCCAGCACUGCAGGUACAGCGGGGUGGGCUCUGCCACCAGCAAGACGGAGGUGCCCGGCCCCCGUGCCAGGAGCAGGGUGGCCGUGACAUUGACCCAGGGACCUGGGCUUUGCUACCAAGGCCUGGAACCUCAGAAGCUCCUGGAGCACCUGCCAGUGGCCCAGGACCAGGCAGGCCCCCACCCAGGCAGCUCUGGGAUCACAGCUACGCCCUUCUGGACUUGGCUGCCCUGAAGAAAAAACUCUUCCUCACUCUACGGGAGAACGAGAGGCUCCGCAGGCAGCUGAAGGCACGGAGGCUGGUGAUGCGCAGAGGGUGCAGCCGCCUCCGGGCCCACAGGGGCCCCCGGCCCGAGCCACCACGCUGAGCCCCGGGGGACAACAGCUGCCCACCUUCCUGGGCAUGGCCGUGGCUACACUACGGCCCUCCUUCACUUACUUCUAACCAUUUCCUGCGAGAGCACAAGCCAGUGUGACUGGCCACAGAAAAACUGACUUGGAUUAAGUGAGAAAAACUGAGGGUCCUGUCCGGCUUCCUGGUGUCCUACGCAGAGGCUUCACAGGCGACCCUGGCUGUGGGAAGAUGGGGUCCUCUGCUGCAGCGGGCACGCGGACAGAGAUGCCAUCGUACU